UCUGUCAGCUCAUGAAACGCCUAUCACUAUCACAAUAAAUAAUAGUUUUUUUUAUAUUUUAUGUAGUUAUAAGAAGCCUUUGUAAUAUAGUUUAUAAAAAGUAUAUUAUUCUAGAUCCAAUAAAUAAUAAAAUACAAGGAUGUCGAGGCAAACAUCUCGGCUUGACGCCAAGAAAGUUAAUUCAGAAUUAUUAACGCUCACUUAUGGCGCUCUAGUAUCACAAAUGUUAAAGGAAACAGAGAACAAUGAUGAAGUAAAUAAACAUUUGGAACGUAUUGGAUAUAAUAUGGGCGUACGUUUAAUUGAAGAUUUCCUUGCUCGAACUUCGUCAAAUCGUUGCUUGGAGAUGAGAGAGACUGCGGAUAAAAUACAGCAAGCUUUCAGAUUGUAUCUGAACAUGCAGCCAACUGUAACCAGCUGGAGUAGUGCGGGAGAUGAAUUCUCUCUAGUUUGGGAUCAGUGCCCAUUGAGCGAGUGGGUUGAAAUCCCCAAUUCUGGUCUUAAGUACUGCGCCCUGAUACCCGGCGCCAUACGAGGUGCGCUACAAAUGGUACAGCUAGAAGUACAGUGCUGGUUUGUACAGGACCAGUUAAGAGGUGAUGCAGUUACUGAACUACGAGUAAAGUAUAUAAAGAGAUUAGAAGACGCCGUACCCGCGGGAGAAGAUUAAAUUAUCUCAUGUUAUCCUUGAAAAAUUUAUUUCUAUAAUCAUUCUGAAAACACUUGCUAUGUCAUACAGUUGAAUGUAGUUAUAAUAAA